AUGUGGUGUGUUCCAUCACUGGAUGUGAUCAAGAUUAAUUGCGUUGCAAGUAUGAUUCCAAACUCAUCGAAUGGUGGUUUAGAGAAUGUCUUAGAAUCUUACAGAUCCACCGGCCGGAACCUCCUUCAGGCGAAAACGAAUUGCCCUGUGAGCUUUGAGUUUUUGAACUACACAAUAAUUACAAGCCAAUGCAAAGGGCCACAAUACCUACCCAAGCUCUGUUGUGGAGCCUUUAAGGAAUUAGCUUGCCCUUAUGCAACUGAGUUGAAUGACUUAACCAACGAUUGUGCAUCGACCAUGUUCAGUUACAUUAAUCUUUAUGGAAAAUACCCACCUGGUUUGUUUUCUAGCGAGUGCCAAGACACUAAGGAAGGGCUUACAUGCAAUCUUGCACCACCACCGGCUGAAAAUGUCAAAGCAAAUGGAGCUUGGAAUUGGAAGACAGUAUCAUUACAUUUUCCAGUGCUUGUAACAGGGAUUUCACUAGUAGUACUACUUGUUCAGAUGUUAUGA